GGCCGGAGGGCAUCUCUUCUCUCUACACAACGUCACAACCAGGCAGUGCAUGAUGGGUAACGGCACAGGGCUCGGAGACGGCGAGUGGGUCAGUCGUGAUUUGCGGUCACAGUCUGAUACUGAAAGGAAACGAGGUUUCGAUUUGCAUAUUAAUGAGGCAUCAGUGACUCCGCCCCCGGUGUGCUGAGCUCUGGCCUUUUCUCAACACAAUCAGCUCAGUCGCCUCUGUGAGGCAGAGCAAAACAAGCACCAUCUGUCACUCCGUGUCUCCUCUGAGAUCACUUCGGACUCGUCCUGUGAACCCUGGGUCAGGUCUGUUGUCAGGCGGGAUUGUGCGUGGAGCGGCACGAUCCGAGCGGCGGCUGUGUGUCGCUGCGGAUCAGGACCUGGAUUAAGCCCGUAAAGGAGAAUAGUGUGUUUGUGUAGUGGGACGUCGCCCUGCUUCUCAUGCGGGUGUUUGAGAGCGGAGGGUGCUGGAUGGCCCUCACAGCAGCUUCACACAGACAGUCAGUCGUCUAUAUGGAGAAAAGACGAUGUAGCCCUUUCCCCUUAUGCUGGGCUGGAGAAUAUGACAGACACCUAGCACACAGCAAAGGCAUGGCGACGGCAUACCUGGAGCCCAACCUCAACCACACCCUGGGGGGCGGAGCCAAGGCUCGCCUCAGCGCAGGGACGGAGCGGGCUCCCGGAGCACCUGACCGCGUCCUGAAGGUCUUCCAUCAUUUCGAGAACAACAGUGAACGCAGCACUUGGUCCAGCAACAUCCGACAUGGAGAUGCAACAGACGUCAGGGGAAUCAUUCAGAAGAUUGUGGACAUUCAUAAAGUCAAACACGUGGCUUGUUUCGGGCUGCGUCUCACUCACGUCCCGUCGGGCGACAUCCACUGGCUCCACCCUGAUAUGGGCGUGUCUCACGUGAGGGAGACGUAUGAACAGAACCACCCCCAGGAUGAGUGGAGGUACGCUGAUGUCAUCUCUGCCGUAUGUCGAGGUCUGUCGCGGCUGUCCAGACUCAGUGGAGGUGCUGAUGGAUCUCUAUGUGUGGUCAGAUACCGCAUGCAUUUCCUGUCAGGACGGGUGGAGUGUCGCUCUGAAGUGACCAGCGGCUCUGAUAUCGUCUGUGCAUCUCUGCUGGGAAUGCGAUUACCCACAAUGCCCUUCAGUCAUAUUGAGUCUAAUCUAACCUGCUUGUGUUGGAUUUGCGUAUUGUUGUUCUGUUGUGUAACUCCGUUUUCUCUCUAUCAGGCCAAAGCCCUGAGGAAACAGAUCCAACAAACCUUCAAGCAGUUUGCCAACCUGAACGAUGAGCAGAGCAUUCUGACGUUUCUUGAGAUCCUGACAUCGGUGUACAGAUUUGAUAAAGAAUGCUUCAGAUGUGCUCUGGGGUCGAGUUGGGUUAUAUCGGUGGAUCUUGCUAUCGGUCCAGAGGAGGGAAUCAGUUACCUGACAGACAAGGGCUCAACCCCGACGCACCUGGCUAACUUCACUCAGGUACAGAGUAUUCAAUACUCGUGUGUGGAGGAGAGAGAGAGGAAGGGCGUCCUACAGCUGGAUGUGGCAGGAGCUCCUGAGCCUCUCACCAUCAGCACAUCAAACUUCACCACCGCAGAGAACAUGGCUGACCUCAUCGACGGCUACUGUCGACUGCUCAGUGCCGUCAGCCAGUCCUUCAUCAUCAGACCUCAGAAAGAGGGUGAGAGAGCUCUUCCGUCCAUUCCAAAAGUUAGCAACAAUGAGAAGCGGCUUGAGGGAAUUCGUGCAGGUGUUCGAGCUAUCUCUGUGUCAGACUCUGAGCUUCAGACGCCCAUCAGAUCUACUAAAGCCCGACGCUUUCUCCUGCCGUUUGUUCUCUGUUCCCACGAGUCUCACCCUCAGGGUACCUGCUCUCUUCCCGCGCGCUCGCUCGUGUGUGUGUGUGUUCUUAGCAUGCUCUCUAACAUCUCAUGUUUAUCAUGCACUCAUGCAGCAGGUGUUCAGAUAUCAAACACUGAAACCACAAGCUAGAAAUAAGUUGAUUUUCCUUUUCUUUCUUUACUUCUUGUUAAUUCUAAUAAUGACUAAACAGACAUUUCCCUGUUCAGAUACUUUGAAUUAAAGCUGUGGCAGAACAGGACAGACAGAUCUGCUUCCACAUCCCAUCUGAAUGUCAUUCCACACAUUCCACAAACACAAAUGAAAGACAGAAACACACUGACAUUCACUGCUCACAUGCACACAAACACUUUCAUCUUCUAACCCUGCCGUCUGUUGAUUCUCCUCUCUCGUGUGUUCUCCUGUGGUCUCUGUGCAUGCUCUCAUUGGAU